AUGAAUCUCGCCUGCCCAACCCUCUCCAACACUCCUCCCCGCGCCCCCGCCGCCUUCGACUCCUCCCUCGACUUCUUCUGGGACGCCCACAUCAACGACGGCUCCUCAAGCACCUGGCUCGCCGUCUUUGACGACGCCGGCAAAGUAGUCAGUGGUGCGCAUUGGCUUUUCUAUCCGGACGGCUCAGCCUGGGUAAAGGGCAUUCCAGUGGUGGAUACGACGUGGCAUCCCGAGGGCGAGGGACGGGAGUUUGCGAAUUGCGUGUUCAAACUUCAAUCAGAUGUAUCAGGUCAGAGGGAGACGGAUGGUGAGGCCUUAUGCACAACUCGAUCUGAUGUUUACAUAUCUGAAAGAGCGGAAUAA